AUGCUAUCUGGUGGUCAAAAACAGCGUAUUGCAAUUGCCCAUGCUAGCUUGAAGGAUCCUUCAAUUUUGUUAGUAGACAAAACUUGCCGGACAAAAGGCUUACUUUCCAUCUAUUGGUUAAGGACUCAGUCUUGUAAGGGUAGUUACGCAAGCGCCGUUGGCAAUGGCACCAUUACUUUCCAGCAAGUGUUUACAACAAUACAAGGCGAAUCCCUCCUAUGCUUAAUAACCUUCCCUAACUAUUUUAUAGCUGUUGUGAUUGCGUCUGAAUCUGCUGGAGCGUAUUGUCAAUUGAAGAUCGAGCAUCUCAUGGUGCCUUCGAGAAUCUUGUUAUUGAUGAGCGAUCAUAUCAUUGGAUUGAGUAUUAUCUGGAAUAAAUGUAUGACUAUUGUUUUCUAUAUAUUGAUGAAAAGGUUUAUCAAAGAAGAAAGAAUUGAUGAAAGAGUUAUAUUUGUAUAUCAGCUCGAUCACAACAUAUUUCGACUUUUGAUGUUCUUGGGUCAAAUUCCUAAAGACGUAUCAAGAUGUAGUGAAAAGAUCUACCUCAGUUUUAUGAAAAUUAUCGGUCAAAACUACAAAUUGUUUUCCAAACAAACACUUCUAGUCCUUAAAAUUCUAAAUCCUUCAAUAGAUAAAUUUUCUUAUUGUUUUAAGUAUCCGUUUUUAACGCAUCUGUAUUUAAAAUCAUUUCUAGAAGACAGAAGUUGA